UCAAAACUUAGAAUUUUAAAUUCUUUUCUCAGAGGUCUAAUUUUUUCUACAGUUCUGCUUUACUGAAUUUGAAUUUGAAUGGGUUAACAUAUCAUUGUAGGACAUUACUACUUGUUCUUGUCUGUGUUUGAUUACCCAGACUACUGGCUUAUUGAGACCCUUUGUUUCAUGAACAGAGCUUUACAUGCAUCUCUCUUUCUACAGGUGCCAGAAAUUGAUGAACUUGAGAGGUCAAUGCAUGCGUUAUUAAAGAAUCGAGCCAGCGCUGUGGUACAGAGGAGGCAGAUGGAUGUUAGUGACCAGGCAGGAGACUUCUUAAAUGCACAAGCUGGGAGGCAGGGUCAGAAUUCAGCUAAAGCAACAGAUCAGGCCAAGCUAAGACGAGCUGCCGAGAGAGAGGGUAGAAGAGCACGGAGGAGAAAACACAGAGAACGGGAGAAGAAAGGUUCACAGCCUGAAACUCACCAUGAAGGACAGUCGACUGAUGAGGAAGAGACUGAAGUAGAUGCCAUCAAGUUCAGGGCAGAAACAAGUAAGAGUAGGAUUAUUUCCAUUUCCAAGAUCUAAUAUUUAAAUUUUAUAACUUGGUACAAUGUAUACUUAUAUUCUAGAUUUGUUCAAACUCAGAAAUAAAGUUCCAGAAGCAUCUUUUUUAAAGACUAAUGAUGGCUUAUUAACUAUUAAAUGAAUAUUACUAUCAACUUAUUGAUGAUUUUGGAAUUUAAAUUUUUCAUGUAUGGGGAGCAGGGAUGGCGCAGUGGUGAGAGUGCUCGCUUCCCACCAAUGUGGCCCUGAUUUGAUUCCAGCAUGGUGCUAUAUCUGGGUUGAGUUUGUUGUUGGUUCUCGCCUUGCUAGUCAGAGUACUCUGGUUCCCCACCUCCCGCCCCCACAAAAACCAACAUCUCCAAAUAAUUCCAAUUCAACCAGGAUGGAGGACCUGCACGAAAACUAACUAAGGCUGAUGUGGCUUCCUCUCUAAAACUGGAAUUUAUUUAAUAUAUAUUUUCAUUACUGUAAGUUAGGAUUUCACUGAUUCAACAACAUCAAUGAGCCUGUUAAUGUAAGUGUACAGAACUCCUUUAUCCACUUCAUACUUCAUUCACUUGACUAUCUAAAGUUCUCUGCACGCAUUGCAGGCCUAUGAU